AUUUUCCUCCCUCGCGCAAAAAUAAGAAAAACAGCUUCAAAGUUCUUGCGCUCGACUUGCUGGUGGUCGUCGGUUCUGCGUGUUUUUCAGUCACAUAUUUUUUCCCCGGGACAGGGCUUCUUCCUAGAUCGUUUUCCGCACACAGUGGUUGAAAACAGCAGACAGCUCAGAUGGCUCUCCGAUUGUUCCGUGCCGUCGGCCAGGACGUGGUCGCCCCGAUGAUCUUCAAACGGGGUUGCGCCGUGUCCGCGUACGAGCUGCAGCACAAGGUUCCGGUCCAGCGCAAGGUGGAGCAGAUUCCGAAGGCGCAGUAUGGAGGUAGACAUACGGUGACGAUGCUGCCGGGCGGUGGAAUCGGUCCGGAGCUGAUGAGCUACGUGAAGGAGGUGUUCCGGUUUGCGGGGGUUCCGGUGGACUUUGAGAUUGUGGACAUUGAUCCGGCUAGCGAGGGCAACGAUGACUUGGAGUACGCGUUGACUACGAUCAAGCGGAAUGGAGUGGCGUUGAAGGGUAACAUCGAGACCAAGUCGGAGGCGACGGGAGUGUUGUCCCGUAACGUGGCCAUCCGUAACGAGCUGGAUCUGUACGUGAACGUGCUGCACUGCAAGUCGUACAACGCAAUUCCGGCGCACCACCAGAACGUGGACGUGGUCAUUGUGCGGCAGAACACCGAGGGAGAGUACGCGAUGUUGGAGCACGAGAGUGUCCGCGGGGUGGUCGAGAGCAUGAAGGUCAUUACGGUGGAGCACGCGGCUCGUGUUGCCCGGUAUGCGUUCGAGUUUGCGCGCAACAACAACCGCAAGAAGGUGACCACCAUCCAUAAGGCCAACAUCAUGAAGCUGGCCGACGGGCUGUUCCUGAAGGUGGCCAGGGAUGUCGCCAAGGAGUACCCGGACAUCCAGCACAACGACAUGAUCAUCGACAACUGCUGCAUGCAGCUGGUCUCGAACCCGCACCAGUUUGACGUGAUGAACACCACGAACCUGUACGGCAGUAUUACUUCCAACGUGCUGUGCGGCCUCAUCGGGGGCGCCGGUCUGUUCUCGGGCCGAAACUACGGCGAUCACUAUGCCGUGUUCGAGCCCGGUACCCGCAACACCGGCACGGCCAUCGCCGGCAAGAACGUGGCGAACCCGGUGGCGAUGCUGCAGGCCGCCGUCGAUAUGCUGUACCAUCUGGGGCAUCGCUAUCACGCCGAUUGCAUCUCGGACGCGAUCCACAAGACGAUCGAGUUUGACGGCAUUCACACGCCAGAUUUGGGCGGCCAAAACACCAGCACAGAAGUGAUUCAGAACAUUCUGCAGCACCUGGCGGAGAAGAGAACCUACUGAUUGCGUCCACAGAGAGAAGAAGAGUGUCAAAACUGCGGCUUGUAUACUUUUAAUUUCGAGCUUUAUUUAUUCGACGGUUCUAGUUUUACUUUUUAACAAAUCAAACGUUUUUUUUCCAUCCAUCUUGGCUUUGGUUGUGGUCAUACUUCAGAGUUAAUUCGGAGAAAUGUUAAAAACGAUUCGCAAAUCCUCAGGUCCUAGGUGGAAAAUUUACCUUAUCAUGGAGUCAAAGCUUAACUCCAAAGCGCCAUCUGGAAGGAACAUCAUCACAUCUGCCGAACAUGUGGUUUGCAAAAUAUAGUUUCGGAAAAAAGUCAUUCGUGUUUUAAAUUUUGAAUUUCAUAUUUAUUUAUUUUAAAAUCCUAAAAUCGAAUCGGAAUUAAAAAUAAAAGUGAAAAGUUUACAAUA